GUGCAUCGGCUUCAAAAGAAGCUGUUUCUGCGCCGCGAGUGGCUUCAUCGUCGAUGUGAUGAACAAAGCGUCCGCUCUAGCGUCCGUCGCUCUGUCCAGUCAUCUGGCUUAUCCACUGCCUGUCGCUGGAAACGAAACGGUUCAUCCUGGGAGUCUUCUUCCUUCUAGCAGUAUGCUCAAUUGCUCCCAAGUCCAAUCAUCCCAGAGAUACCGUUGCUGGUGCCCUCUGGCUGGCGCCCUCCAGCAUGGAUUCCGGCGCCAACAGAUUCAUUCGAGGUUGCUUGCCCGACUGUCCCCCGCUUUUUUUAGAAGACGGUCAAGACGCGGGAUCAUUGAUAUUGAGAGGCACCGGGACUACGGCCAUGAAAGUCGUGUGUUCUUGUCAUCGUCUUUCCUUUCUUAUUUCACAGCUUAUGCUUCUUCGUCUAGGCGUUUUGUUGUAUACAUUUUGUUCCAACCUGCGCAGGUCUCGCGGAAGGUCGCACAGGACGGGUUCCAGAUCAGCAGAUCCGAGAAUCGCCUCGAUUACAAGGGAGUUAACCUCAUUAAUAUUUACUCGAGGUGACACCUGAGCUAGCUUAGGGUUGUUUUUUUCUUUCGCAAGUUUGCUCCGUUUUGUGAAGUAUCAAAAGGGGGCAUUUUUGCGACUGAGAACCCAGCUCGAUCUAGGUAAACAGCCAUCGGGUCUGUUCAAAUUAUCGACCCUACUGUCGCACUGUCGUUGAGAGCUGGUCUUUCAACUCUAAUAAUUUCUGGU